GCGCACAUGGGUGGCUCGCUAGGAACGUGAUUAAGUCGUCCUCUUCCUCCUUCCUAUCAUGGCGGUACCUCACAAUCUACCUCACCUUCCAGCCCAUGAACCACUCCUCCGCCUCGCCAGCCGUCGAACUCACCCGCUUGCGCGCCCGAUCCGGCCGCUGGGCCCGCCACGGCCGCAAUGAUCGCUGCGUGCAAGCUAGUCGACGUGCCCGUUGCCGCCGCGCUACAUCACCUAGGUGCUGCUCCUCAAGGCGCAUCAUGCCGCAGGGUAGCUCACUAGAACGCCACCGCCUUAUCGGUCGUCGAACUCGCCCGCACGCGCGCCAGAUCCGGCCGCUGGGCCCGCCGCGGCCGCAACACUCGCUGCGUGUGAGCUGGCCAAGGCACCCGUCGCCGCCGCGCUACAUCACCUGGGUGCUGCUCCUUAAGGAGCAUCGCGCUGUGGGGAAGCUCAUGGGGGCCGCCGCCACAUUGCUCUCCAUGGUGGUCCCCCGCGGAGGCGGAUGGCGGCGGGCCGGACCGACUCCGACGCCGAUGCGACACCUAGGAACAGCCCCGCGCUGCACACCAGGUUAUACAGCUUCCUCGGUGCCUCCUCAUCCUCCUUUCCAUGCUCCUCCUUGCCGCCGAUGUUGCCGCCCGCGCCCAAGGCUCGCACAUCGUCACGCUCCCCGGCCUAGAGGUCGUCAAAGGCCUCUUUUUUGCCGCUUACUCGUCUUGGAUGCGCGCCCGCACCGCCUACCUCGGUCUGUCCAUGUGGUUCCUCACCAACGCUUGUGUCGUGUUAAUCCUCUGUCUCUGCUGCUUUUGGAUCGAGCUCGGGAGAAUCAAGCUCGUGCCCAACACCGCCGGCAAAGGCUCAGACGACGUCGAGGUCGGCAUCCCGGAGGAUUUCCCCAUGGUGAAAUCAAGGUUAUGGGAAUGGUCGUCGAGCGCCCUAGCCGGCCACCUUCCUCUCGACGUCGGAGCCAGGGGCAGCGUGACCGGGUCACGCAUGAGUUGAAGCGAGAUCGGACAAAGGAAGUAGGACGGCACCUCGGUGGGAGGCGCACUCAACAUGUUUGAGGAAAUGACCUACCACAGUCCAACAAGGUCGCCGACGUGCUCGGCACUUUUCGUGCCGUCGUCGAGCUUCCAGAAGACUGCUUUGGCUGCUGGUACACCGGCGCCGACGCUCACGCUGUGGUUCCCUCUGUUGUAGUCGCUCUGCACGUACACUACAAUCUUCCUCUUCGGUGUAGUUGUUAACUCCUAAUCACCAUGCAUGUAUGUAACCAAACAUUGGGUGAAAAUUGCUUUCCUAUGACAAGACCCCAUAUGCAAGCAACUAAACAA